AUGACCCCUUCAGCUGAAACCACUAUAAUGAAACCAAACAGUUCAAAUGAUACGGCGGAUAUAGUUCACCGUCAUGGCAACUUAGAAUUACUCAACAAACCAGAAAUAAAGAAAAUAAUGGAUUCAGAUGUAGCCAUUAAUGCCCUAUUAUCACGCUUAAAGACAUCAUUAUUAACAUGCGAAGAAUUCACCAAGUUUCUUCGUAAGAAGUACCUCUACGAAGAUGAACAUACUCAAGAAUUGUCAAAACAAUAUAAACAUUUUUUCAUGUCAUCUUCAGGUUCUUCUUUAAAAAGAAUGAUCCAUGACAUUCUUGAAUACGAUGGCAAAUUAGCACACGUUAAACAGAGCUACAUUAGGGCACUUCAAAAGAUGUACGACGAAAUAAGCGCGCUCCUUCUAACAAUAACCAAAAUGAGAAAAACUUUAAAGGAAAAUAGCAGGAGGCUCGAAAAGGACGUUUCUGAUGCAAUACAUAGCGCUGAAAAAGCUCAAUCUCGUUAUAACUCCUUAUGCCAAGACUGGGACAAAUUAAGAAUGAGUGAUCCAACGAAGACAAAAUUGACAUUGCGUGGUUCCAAGACAACCAGAGAACAAGAAGAAGAAUUAUUGAGAAAGAUCGAUAUUGCAGAUCUCGAAUAUAAACAAAAAGUCGACCACUCGAACUCACUUAGAAACACUUUUAUAACCAAAGAAAGACCCAGAAUUGUUCUGGAAUUGAAGGAUCUGAUUUUAGAACUUGACACCGCUAUGGCAAUUCAAGUACAGAAAUACACUAUCUGGACCGAAAAUUUAGUCCUAAAUAGUGGUGUUACCAUAAGUCCUUUUGAUAAAUCUAGUAGGUCCAUGAAACAAGUUGCAUCGUCAGUAACCACAGAAAAGGAUCUUUACAAUUUCUUAAACAAAUAUAAUCAUUCUGGCAAGAACUCUUUGUUAGUAAAUAGAAAUUUAAUACCUGUUGAUUAUAAAAAACAUCCUUCAAUGAAUAAAAACACAAAUGUUAACACUACUAAUAAGCCUUUAAAAUAUGCUGUCGAUCCUUCAAGAAAUUCAAUCCCUAAGAGAACCAUAUCAACACAUAAUGAGUCACCGUUCAUCUCCAAUUCUACUUCAUUCACCAAUCCUUCGCAACAAGGACGAAACGUCUCUUUCACACCUUCUCUGGACACUACUGCAUCCUCUAAUUUUGCGCCAUUAAAUAGGUCAACAACCGACGGUAAGGAUAUCAGGAAUACUGGAGCUGAUACGUCGAGCUUCCAGUCUUUAGACCCAGGAAAACAAGUUGCAAGAAUACCGACCAGUUCAACUGCCCUAACUGAAGAUUCGGAUAGACCAAUCUCACAUGUGCAAACAAAUACGACAAUGCCACCGGGAACUCAAACUAAUUUCAAAACUUUUGGCGUUCCAUUAGAAUCAUUGAUAGAGUAUGAACAAGAUAUGGUUCCUGCCAUAGUCCGUCAAUGUAUUUAUGUUAUUGACCAAUAUGGACUGGAACUAGAAGGUAUUUACAGAAAAUCUGCUAAUGUCCUCGAUGUAAGUAGACUAAAAGAAGAGAUUGAUAAAGAUCCGGCUAAUGUAUCUAUGAUUUUACCACCAAAAAAUUAUUCAGACUCUGACAUUUACCUAGUUGCUUCACUUCUUAAAGCCUUUUUUGCCUCUCUUUCAGAACCACUACUUCCUAAUGACAUGUCCCCAGAUAUCAUGACUUGUAUUGCAAUUGAAGACCUGCAAACAAGAAAAAACUACAUGCAUGGGUUGAUAUAUAAGUUGCCAGAUGCUCAAUACUGGACCUUACGUUCUUUACUUUUCCAUCUUAAAAGGAUAUUGAGUCACGAAGAACAGAACAGGAUGAAUUUAAAAUCAGUCUGUAUAAUUUGGGGUCCUACGAUAAUACCGCCAAAUCAAGAUGAUAUUAACGAUGUCAACUAUCAGAUAAAGGCAAUGGAAGUGUUGAUUGAUGCUGCGGACCAGGCAUUCGAGCCAGAAAAAUAA